GCCGGGAGUUGUAGUUUUUUUUGGGAGCCGCGGAGCCUGGCCCCGCGGCGGGGGCGGAGGAAAAACUACAAGUCCCAGGGGGCGCGGCGCCAGCGCCUGAGGGCGGGGUGUACGAAAGAGAAGCUCGGAGGGCGCCGGGGACUGAGCCCAGGUCUGCAGGGCUCAGCUGAGCCCAUGACCUCCCAGAGCUAACCCCUGACCACCUCGGCAGGCAAGGGGCUGAUGUCAGUAACCCCCAUCCUGGAGGGGCAGGUCACGCGCACCUCCUGCUCUCAGCAUGGCACUGCCACACCUCGCCCUCCUGGCUGGCCUUCUGGUGGGAGUCGCCAGCAAGUCCAUGGAGAGCAUGGCCCUGGUUUUCCCUGGGGAUGGCCUACAUUGGGUCCCGCAGGGACGUCCGGUGUGGCCGCCCAGCUGCCCGAGUGCUGCGUGGACGUGGUGGGCGUCAACACCAGCUGUCCAGGCGCAAGCCUGUGUGGCCCAGGCUGCUACAGGCGCUGGAACGCGGAUGGGAGCACCAGCUGCGUCCGCUGUGGGAACGGAACCCUCCCGGCCUACAACGGCUCGGAGUGUCGAAGCUUCGCUGGCCGGGGUGCACCGUUCCCCAUGAACAGAAGCUCAGGGACCCCCGGGCGGCCGCAUCCUGGGGCUUCCCACGUGGCCGCCUCCCUCUUCCUGGGAACCUUCUUCAUCAGCUCCGGCCUCAUCCUCUCCGUAGCUGGGUUCUUCUACCUCAAGCGCUCCAGUAAACUCCCCAGGGUCUUCUACCGAAGAAACAAAGCCCCGGCCCUGCAGCCUGGCGAAGCCGCUGCAAUGAUUCCCCCGCCACAGCCCUCAGCCGGCCUCACGGUGCCCGAGUGCCCUGUGGCUGCAGCUUCGACAAACCUUCAACCUGACAGUAGCAGAGUUCAGAACUCCAAAGCCACUGGCAGGCCGGCCAUACCUCUCCGGGGGCUCCCGGGGAGGACCCUGCUGCCUCCUCAGCGCUGCCGGCUCAGGCUUCUGUGGGUAUGGCCCCGCGGUCCCACGGCAUCUCCUCCAGUACGGAAGCCGCGCUACGUCAGGCGGGAGCGGCCCCUGGACAGGGCCACGGACCCUGCUGCCUUCUCGGUGGAGGCCCGUAUUAGCAACGUCUGACCCGGAACCCAAGACCGCGCCACGCGCUUGGUGGCAGGAGCCUGGCACCCGGGAGAGGCCGGCACAGCCCCGGCUCUGAACCCUCGUCUCCCAGCGACAGAUGCGGAGGCCUCCUUCCCACCACAGCUGCCUGCAUCCAUGAGACCUCAGAGCUCUAGAUCAAGGCCUUGGGGGGUCCAGGUCCCGCCAGGAGAAGCAGUGAGGCCCCAGCGCCU